AUGAUUAGAUCAUUUCAAAUUGGGAAAGAUAUUAGUACAUAAUUAAUGGCUUCAGUUUCAAAAGCAUAAGAUGAAUAUUAUAGUCUUUAUACUCAAUAAAUAUAUCAAAGAUUAGCUAAAUACAGAAUACCUCUAUGA